GUAUUAAGUCAAGAUUCAUGUCACCUGUCACCAACUAGACCAAAAAUACUUGUCGGAUAUUAUCCCGCUUAUAAACUAUAUUUAACACCGGGAGUAGAUUUUGAUAUCAGCCCAUCAAUUGAUUACUUAAUCUAUAUUGCAUUUGGCCCAAAUGACCUUGUUAAUAAUGGCGCAAAUCUUAAUGCUGGUGGUGACCCACUUAAAAUUUUUAACAGUCAAUAUUCCAAGUUUUAUGAACUGUUAAACUAUAAGACAAAAAACACUCUAAAAUUUAAGAUUAUUCUAUCGGUCCAAUUACCAACUGAUGGGAAUAACUUAACUAAAUUCUUUAAUAAACAGCCUCUGGAUCCGAUUCAGGGUUGGUAUAAACCGACUAGCACACAAAAUACAAAAUUAAUUUAUGACUUGAUGUCUACUGUUAAUAAUUUUAACUUUGAUGGAAUUGAUAUUGAUUAUCCUUUUAAAUCUCCAUGCAGCCCUUCAAUAGGAUUCAAUGAUUCCGAUUUUUUAAGUUUUAUAAAUGCCAUAUCAACACAAUUAGGCAAGGACGAUAAGGGUGUCGUUAAGUCUUUAACGAUUACAGCAGGCCAAAAUCCUAUAAAGGGUAUCAACUCAAAUAUCAUUAGCUUUAUAAAUAUUCAGGCAUUUCGUCUUAAUAUAAAUAGCAUGUAUGCAAGUGCUGGAAUAGAUAGAAUCUCGACAAUUUUAAAUAAUUGGAACUUUACAGAUUAUUCAAAACUCUUUUUAGGCGUUGAGUUUGGAGGAAUCGUUGAAACUGUUUCCUCCAAAAAUAUUAAAUCUGACAUUGAGAACCAAAAUCUUCAAUUACAAUAUAUCUCAAAUUUAAACUUCCCUUUUGUUAAUGAACAGAUUUCAGAUCCGUGUAAAUAUUCAUCAUAUGCAUAUUUGUCAUGGGAAAAUCUAAGUAGUUUAUUAUCAUCAUCAUCUUGUCCUACGAAUUUAAUUUCAUCGUCACCAUGGACUUACGGCUUUAUUAGCAGUGCAAGACAACCAUAUCUUUAUCAACAACAAGCCUCGUCUUCAAACUACUAUGUUACUUUUUAUGAAGAUUAUCAAUCAUUAAGUGCCAAACUCGAUUAUAUAAACAAUUAUAAUGUAGCAGGAAUUGCGAUUGCAGACAUCUCCAAAGAUUCAAAAGAUUUACAAUUGACAAACUUUAUUUUGGGGAUUCAACCAAAUUAUUUGAAAGGUGGCAUUUCUACAUCUUCCAAUAUAGGUGCAAUAGUAGGUGGUGUAAUAGGCUCCAUGGUUUUUAUUGGCCUAUUCUUGGCAGCUGGUUUUAUAUUGUAUCCAAAAUACAAAGCAAAAAUGUCUAACCCAUUUAUAGAUACAAAUCAGGCUUGCUCUGAUACAAAUCCUCAGUUUAACUCUGAUAUAAAUCGUCAGGGUUACUCAGAUACAGAUCAUAAACCUUCUAAUUAUUAA